AUGGCUUCACGGAAUGUAAGUAAUGGACUCAACAGUCUUUUUUUUCAGAUGGAUGUCAAUCAUCAAAGAGGAAAGGAGGGAAAGACAUGUGGGAGAAGCAGUGUAACAGAGGAAGACAGAAAUAAACCAACGUAUUGUGUGACUGAUGUUCCGCCCUGGUACCUUUGUAUUUUUCUGGCCGCUCAGCAUUUCCUGACAGCAUUUGGUUCGAUCACCGCCAUCCCCCUCAUCCUCUCAGAAGGUCUGUGUCUUCAGCACGACAGCCUGACCCAGGCUCGCCUCAUUAACACCAUUUUCUUCACCUCUGGCCUGAUCACCAUUCUGCAGGUCACCUUCGGUGUCAGGCUUCCCAUCCUACAAGGGGGCACAUUUAUUCUGGUGAUCCCUGCCAUGGCCAUGUUGUCCACACCAGAAUGGAAGUGCCCAGCUUGGACCCAGAACGCCAGUUUGGUCAACACCUCCUCACCUGUCUUCAUAGAAGUGUGGCAGACCCGCAUGAGCACACUCCAGGGCUCUAUCAUGGUGGCCUCUCUCCUCCAGAUCCUGGUCGGUUUCUCAGGCCUCAUCGGCUUCCUCAUGCGCUUCAUUGGCCCCUUAACCAUUGCCCCCACAGUCUCUCUCAUCGGCCUGUCACUGUACGAUUCAGUCGGAGACAAGGUUGGCAGCCACUGGGGCAUCUCUGCUAUGACCACAGUGCUGAUCAUCCUGUUCUCCCAGUACCUCCGUCUCAUACCGAUCCCUGUUCCUGCAUAUAGCAAAGCAAAGAAACUGCACACCUCAAAGUUAUAUAUCUUCCAGAUAAUGCCUAUUCUGCUGGGGAUUGCGGUCUCAUGGUUAGUAUGCUACCUCCUCACCAUCUAUGAUGUCCUACCAUCGGAUCCAUCCCAUUAUGGCCACCUGGCCCGCACUGAUGUGAAGGGAGACGUGAUGAACGAGGCUUCCUGGUUCAGGUUUCCUUAUCCUGGUCAGUGGGGCAUGCCAGCUGUGAGCCUGGCAGGUGUGUUUGGCAUGAUGGCUGGAAUAAUAUGCUCCAUGGCAGAGUCUGUUGGCGACUACUACGCAUGUGCCAGGCUGUCAGGGGCCCCUCCUCCCCCCAAGCACGCGAUCAGUCGGGGCAUUGGGGUUGAAGGGCUCGGCAGUUUGUUGGCAGGGGCCUUUGGCACAGGCAACGGCACGACCUCAUUCAGUGAGAAUGUGGCUGUCCUUGGUAUCACAAAGGUGGGCAGCCGAAUGGUGAUUCUUCUGAGUGGAGUUUUCAUGAUUUUGAUCGGGAUGCUGGGAAAAGUUGGAGCCAUCUUCACCACCAUCCCCACCCCUGUACUGGGAGGUAUGUUACUGAUCAUGUUUGGAGUCAUAACUGCAGCAGGAGUUUCUAACCUUCAGUCCACAGACAUGAAUUCCUCCAGGAAUAUAUUCAUUUUUGGUUUUUCCAUGUUGUCUGCACUCGUCAUUCCGAACUGGAUAAUGAAAAAUCCUGAUUCCAUAAACACAGGUGUUACAGAGGCAGACCAAGUGUUGCAGAUAUUAUUGAGCACACAUAUGUUUGUGGGAGGGUUUCUUGGCUUCUUCCUAGAUAACUCAAUUCCUGGGACCAAACUUGAGCGUGGCCUCUUAGCCUUGGACAAAGUACAUUGUGAGGACUCUAGCUACACCUUGGGAACUGAAGAGGUGUAUGACCUCCCCUUUGGCAUAACCUCUUGGCUCUCUUCCCGAUCUUGGGUUCGUUACGUCCCUUUCUGCCCAUGGAAGGAUAACAGAUCUGAGUACAGGUCAGAAGCAAGCAAUACACCACAAGGCAGAGGGAGAGAACAACUGCCCAACGGCACAGGGGUCAUUGAAGAAUGUGCUCUAUAA